AUCAGCUAUUUUAGACUUUGUGAAUGGGGGAUAGAAAAACAGAGAAAAGAGAAAAAAGAAUAAGAAAGGAAGAGUGGAGGAAAGGAAGAAAGAAUGGAGAGGGCCUUUUAGCUAUCCAUACCUCGUCAUCUAUCCAGAACUACGGAGUAGAAGGGAACUUUGAGAUCACCUUAAAGGCCCCCCUGGGUCCUUUGACCUUUCUUACACAGGUGACAUUCCCAGAACCUGGAGGCCAGGCUACGACACAAAGUCAAUCAAUAACCAGGGAGAUCUGUUAUAUAGUCUGGCAGGUGGGGCCUUGCUGCCAUCUGCCAUACGACCCUUCCAGUCCCAGGCUUCUGAGGAGACGUGGCAAGUGCUGUGUGGUUUUCACCUGACCUCUGGACGCAGAAUUUCAGCCAUGAAGGUAACAGGCAUCUGUCUUCUCAGUGCUUUGGUCCUGUUGAGUCUAUCUGGUAACACCGGAGCUGAACCCGAGGGAAGAAAGCCCAACUGUUACAAUACAGUUAAUGGAUGCACCAAGAUAUUCAACCCUGUCUGUGGGACUAAUGGAGUUACUUACGGCAAUGAAUGCAUGUUAUGUCUUGAAAAUCAGAGGCGCCAGGUUCCUGUCUACAUUAAAAAAUCUGGAGUUUGCUGAGAACAAAGGUUUUGAAAUCUCCUCAGGUCACUGCGAGGCCUGGCUGGCCUGAUUGUUAAAUAAAUGCAUCUAAAUAAUC